UAAUUUCCGGCGGUACCCAAGGUUAGCCAAAUGCCUUGAACCAGUUGAGCGUGAGAUAUCUACUCCUAUAUCUUUCAAUUUAUCAGCUACAGACCCAGCAGAAAUUGAGGGUUGCCUUCGAAUGCAUUAUCCAAUUGCCCGAGAUCAAGGUAAAAAAGGAGCCCAUUGA